AAUCACAAAUCAUAAUCACAAUGUUGAUGUGCAGCUGAUGGCACGGCCACGGAGGAUAAUAAUUAUUAUUUAGUAUUUACAUUUAUAUAGAUAAAGAAAUUAUUUUCCUGUUUAACUUCUAUAGUUCUUAGUUCUAUUUGUUAUAAUUAUAUGUGUACAAAGUGUGUUCGAAGGAAGGAAAGAACGAACGAUAAAAUAAUAACAAACCACUCAGUGACCGCGGGGACUGACACGGCUUGGGAGACGCGAUCUGCGACAGUCAUCGGUCAGUACUCAGUAGCAGAGUUGACGCGCGUUUAUUAGGUAUUUCGACAGUUUCGUCCGUUUGCGUUACCAACUCGUGACGGAAAAUAGUAAUAAUAAUAACGAUUUCCACAACGUCAAAAAAAAAAAAAAAAACGAAUUAAAAAUAAUACAAAACAAAUACUCGGUCGCCGUCUAAAUAGUAAAUAUGUUCAACUGCGGUGACAUCGUCUGUGGCAACAGUCAUUUCUAUUACUCAACAUUUCACGGCUAGGUUUUUAGUCACAUCGCACUGGUACAUUUGCGUUUGCACUCGGGACGAGAGUUGUAAUUUGGUAACCAACGAGGGUACUUGAUCAAACGACGCUUUUUGGACUUCAGGCGUCUAACGUCGUCUCAAGUGAGUGAUUUGUGUACGUUCAAGGUUUUCUUAUUGUGCCCGUUCCUCAAAAUACUAGCAGACCAUCAGAUUCGUCAAUACUUUGGUGUGUAUUGACAUGUUCCUAAGAAGACCAAAGAUCAAAAAUGGAUCCAAUGGCACUAGUGACGCAAUAUAAUUUAUUGCAAAAUGGUCCUCCAGAAGAAUCAAAACUUGCUACUUAUAUGAAACGUCAAAAUAAUGCAUCACCUCAAUCAUCAAUGUACUCAACAUUAUCAAAAAAUUAUUCUAAUUUAGAUAUAAACCAGUCAUCUGUAUCAAUGAAAAAGGCAGUUGACAAUUUUCAGGCAUCUAUACCAACUGUUGAUUUCGUACCUAGAAAUCUAGUUAGUUCGUUAAAUAAUCCUGAUGGUUCCUCAAUGUACGCUAAAGACAAAUCUCAGCCAAUACAAGCAUAUCAGAAAAAUGUCAAUGGUACAACAUAUUUCUAUCCUCCAGACACUAAUGGCAGUAACCAACCAAAUGGUAACAUUUUUGAUGAUCCAUCUGGAUACUUACCAAUGCCAUCUGUUGAAUCACCAACAUCUUCAUUAUAUGCCCAAGAUGACUUAAGAAGAGAUUUGUUGCAUAGAAAUGCUUUAUCAAUGGCCUCACCAGACUCAGACCGAUGGCCAGAUUUACCAGAAACUAUUGAAGAUUAUCAUGAUGUUUAUCCACUAGAUAUAUAUGGACACUCUUCUAAAAUAUUGACAUAUAGUACAUCCACUUAUCGAGCAACUUAUUCAAAGACUGGAGAGAAAUGUUGUUUAAAACGAAUUCAUGGUUUUCGACUAACAAUUACAAAAUAUGCUCCAUUAAUUGAAGCUUGGAAAAAAAUCAAUCAUGCAAAUAUUGUUCAGUUAAAGGAUGUAUUUAUAACAAAAGCUUUUAAUGAUACUUCAUUAAUGUUUAUUUUUAAUUAUCAUCCGGAUUCUGAAUCUUUACAAACUCGACAUUUCAAUUCUAAUGAAACAAUGAAUGGUUAUAAUGAUCCAUUUAGUUCUGAUCCAAAUGCACCACGACCUUACAGCCACACUAAAAAUGCAAUUUUACGACAUCAGCAUAGUAAUGGACUAUUAUCUGAAAAUACACUAUGGAAUUACGCGAUUCAACUUAGUAGUGCACUCCGAGUAAUACAUGGAUCUGGAUUGGCAUUACGAGGUCUUUGUCUAAAUAGAGUUUUAGUGACCGGUCAUGUAAAUAACAGAGCAAGACUACGAAUCAACUGUGUAGCUAUAACAGAUAUUUUAUUAAAUGAUAUGGCCAGUUCAAACAUGAUAGGUCAUUUUCAACAAGAAGAUUUAACAGACUUUGGUAAGCUUUUAUUAGCAUUGGCUUGUCGAUCUCUGAUAGCUGUUCAUCAAGAUAAUCUUGCUACUUCUAUUGAUUUAAUGGCACGCUCGUACAGUAGUGAUAUUCGUAAUAUAAUAAGGUAUUUACUGAGUACUCAAAGACGGCAUAUUACAGAGUUAAUGCCAAUGAUAGGAGCCAGAUUUUACACACAAUUGGAUGCUGCACAAAAUCACUCCGACAAUUUGGAAAAUGAGUUAUCAAAAGAAAUGGAAAAUGGCCGUUUAUUUAGAUUACUUGUGAAACUUGGAUCAAUUAACGAACGACCCGAGUUUAAUUUAGAUCCAGCAUGGUCAGAAACUGGUGAUCGAUAUAUGUUAAAAUUGUUUAGGGACUAUCUAUUUCAUCAAGUGACUGAAGAAGGACGUCCUUGGCUGGAUAUGUCGCACAUAGUUCAAACUUUAAAUAAACUCGAUUCUGGAUCUUCAGAUACUAUUUGUUUGUAUUCACGCGAUGAAAAGACCAUAUUAGUGGUUAGCUAUCAGGAAUUAAAACAUUGUUUAGAACAGUCAUAUUGUGAAAUUGCCUCCGUGGCUGCGUCCGAUGAUCAUAUUAAGGCUGAAUAAUCUUCUUAGAAGUCCUACAGUAGGACUUUCGGAUAAUUAGCAAUAAGUCCAAGUACUUAAUUUAUAAUAAUUAAGAUAAAUUUAUUACAUGAUGGAUUAAUUAACUUGGUUGAAUGCUUAAAAGUGCUAAUUUUUACAUUUUUAUUUUAUUUUCUUCUAAUUUUAUUUUAAAUUAUAUAAUUAUUUUUUUUACCAAAUUUCAUUCCUAAUUCAACAUUCCAAUCAUAAGUGUUGCAAAAAUUAACUUUACUUGAGUUUGUUUUUCAAUUUGCUUCCAUUUGGCUGUGUAUUUACAAAGAAUAUAUAUAUUUUAAACAUAGAGCAAUAAUAAUACAUUAUAUCAUAGCUAGCUUGAAGUUGAUAAUUACAAUUUUAGUAAACUUUUGGUCUCUCAAUUGUUAUAUUUUUUGUUACAUUUAAUAUUGUGUUAGGAAUGAACAAGAUGAUAAAUAUUUAAUGAGACUUAAGUUGUCUUUCAAUAUGUGUUCUAACUUAUUUUGUUACCUAAAAUUGAUAAACAAUAAUAACAAUUAAGCUUUAUAUAAACACUUUUAUACCUUUGUCUCUAUAUUCAGUCAUUAUAGCAUUACUCCAUGAUUCAAAUAAUUUACUAUUUGAUAAAUGGUGCGCAUAGUCUUUAUAUAUUAUGUUAAUUAUAGAUUAUUUUUAUUUUUAAAGCUAAUUGAUAUUAAUAUAUAUUUUUUUUCUUACUAAUGAAUUAUUUGUUUACCAAAAAUUAAAUUGUUGUGAUCAAAAAUUAUAAACAAAAGCUUAUUGUUAAUUUUAACAAAAAUAUAUUUUGAUACAUAUUGAAAGAUGGCUAAAUGUAUGGUAAUAUUUCUAUAAAUUAUUGAGAAUUUUGAGAAUUUACAUGGCAACUAUUAAGUUAAAAGUAAAUCGCACAAAAGCUAUAGCAUUGAAGCAAUGGUGAUGUCGUCUAUAAUUUGUUAUAAUUAAUAUAUAUUUUUUUUUAUAAAUUGUUUGAUUGUGAUAGGUUUGAGAAUAUAAUGUCCAAAAUAAUAGUUUUUAAGAUUUUGUCAUGUAAUAUUAUUAAGAAGAGUUAAAUAAAAGAUAAAUUAUUUUAA